CUUCUCCAAAAAGAUGCAAAACUAAACCCCAAACAAAUUGAUCUAAACAACUUUGAAUUGCAUAAAAAUAUAUGACGUAAAUUCAAUCGCAAGUUUCUAAAGUGUCUCUCUUGCAAGUAAGUAAUCAAAAUUUAAAAAUAAUGAUAAUAAUAAUAAAAUAAAGAAAUAGUUUCGUAUUAUAGCUAGCUCUGCAUAUGCCGGAAAGAAGAAAAGGCUAACUCAUCACGCUCGUAUUAUUGUUCAACGAUCAACAAUGUCUCGUGGAAGCAGUGCAGGAUUUGAUAGACAUAUCACAAUAUUUUCACCAGAGGGUAGACUUUAUCAAGUUGAAUAUGCAUUUAAAGCUGUGAACCAAGGUGGACUGACAUCUGUUGCCAUUAGAGGGAAGGACUGUGCUGUGGUUGUAACUCAGAAGAAAGUGCCCGAUAAGUUAUUGGAUGCAGGAACUGUAACCCACUUAUUUCAACUGACAGAAAAUCUGGGAUGUGUUAUGACUGGCAUGGUUGCUGACAGUCGGUCACAGGUGCAACGAGCUCGGUAUGAGGCAGCAAAAUGGAAGUAUACCUAUGGAUAUGAAAUCCCAGUGGACAUUCUGUGUAAACGGAUGGCUGACAUAUCUCAGGUCUACACACAAAGUGCAGAGAUGAGACCUCUUGGUUGCAGUAUGAUUGUGAUAGGAUAUGAUGCUGAAUAUGGGCCACAGGUGUUUAAAACUGAUCCAGCUGGAUACUACUCGGGUUAUAAAGCAACAUCAGCUGGGGUCAAACAACUUGAGGCCAACAGCUUCCUGGAAAAAAAAAUUAAGAAAAAGCAAGACUUCACCUACAAUGAGGCAGUAGAAGUAGCAAUUACCUGCUUAUCAACCGUGCUGUCAGCAGACUUCAAGUCAUCAGAAAUAGAAGUGGGUGUGGUGACUGUAGAACAUCCACAUUUCAAAAAAUUGACAGAGGAAGAAACUGACCAGCACCUUGUAGCAAUAGCCGAGAAGGAUUGAUAGAUCAACAGUGCAAAGCAUUUGACUUUCUGUUCUGAUGUUUUAAUGUAUCCUGUGAUUAAAGAAGAACUGUCUUACGUCUAUAUUAAAUCAUUUUAGUUCACCAGAGCUCGCAUGCUUUGAUUAAAAUUUGUCCAUCUUC